UGUGAACCUGUGAACAAGUCUGCAAUAUGUCUGACUAUUUAGAAAUAUUUUUAGAUUAGCUUAGUGGCUGUAAAUAAUUUAAAAGUUCUAUUUUAGAGCUAUCUAUGCCAUGGAUUACACAUGACAAACAAUAAAAAGAUCGAUAAGAAGACGGCUUACAACGAAGUUAUGCAUUGUUGUUGGCCGUGCGAGAGACUAACGUGUGAAUAGUAGAUGUGCGUGUCACGGACAUUGUGCGGAGCGCUGCGAGGCGCGAGUGUCGGCGUGACGUCGCUGGUGGUAGCGGCGACCGCUGCCUGCGCUGCAGUAUAGCUCGCCCAACACGUCCCACCACACAAACAUGGAUCAGCUGGUGCAGUGCCCCGUGUGCACGCUCUUCCUCCACAAUGGGAUGUCAUUGGAAUCCCAUCUGGACACACAUCCCAAAGAUCAAGUUAUUAAAGCAUUGUGUAAUUUAUCGAAAAAUACCAAUUAUGGUAGUAGAACACCCACCCCUUCACAAUCUGAGAGAUCCUACAGAAGUAGGUCUCGAACACCAGCUACAGAAGACAGUAAUUUAAAGUGGAAUGGAUCCCGCAGUGGUGAACAUGACCGGUACUGGAGGAGAACACCUAGCAGAACGCCCAGCAGAACUCCCAAAGCUUCCAACUCUUCAAGAGUGACUACACCUGCAUCAGAUGUGCGCUUAGCAGACAUUAGCUUUGAAAAUUCUCCUGUGAAUAAUUCAAAUUCAUAUUCUAGCUCCCAAUAUCCAAUGAAAUUAGACAAAACUCAACAAACAUUUAUGCCCAACUCUGCACUGUCAGAUUUUGACCAGCAAUAUGUGUAUUAUCCAGAUCAACAAGAAGAUAGGGAGAUUAAAUAUUCUCGUAGUGCAGAGUAUGGCGCCAUUGACAGUUCUGUGUUCACCCACAACACGCCUAUAGCUCCUGCCGUGAAGCUGCCAGCAUCAAUGUUACCUGCUGUACCGAGAAAAGGACAUGAUUUAGUAAAGAUACUCCCAAAACCAAAUAACUUACUUGUGAAGACGAAUAUGGGGGGUGUGCAAUACUUAGCUCCAGGAGUUAAGCCUAUGCAUGUCAUGGUUCCUACAACACCAACAUUUGUUCAAAAGAAUGUCCAGAAUAACAUGAUCAUGACUAGCAACUUACCAACAUCCCAAAUGCUUGACAAUAAAGCUGUAGGUUCACCACUGCCCACUAGUCAGUUCAAUCAAAUCAGUUCUGGGGCUUUCACACCUGGUACAACAGUAGUAACUCAGAACUCACAGAUAAUUUACCGUGAAAUGGUACACAACAUUGAUGGCAAGCCUUUUAUAUCUAGUAUGCCUGCUAUCCUGGGUGGACAUGAGAAUGUUACCAAUGUAGCACAGACUAGCUCCUUGUAUCAGAAUGUAAUGGUUGUUGACCAAUUUGGCAACACGUCAUGUAUGUAUACAUCGCCUCAACAGCUCAUUCCCAACAAUGUGCCUCCUGUAUCCAAUGCUCAGGUUGAGAAAACUGAGCCUAAUACGCCAAGUGACUUUAACAAGACUCUUAUCAUUGAAGUAGGUCCUAUUGUACCUCCUGAGCCAGUUAGUGCCUGUGAGGCUUCAGUUAGCAAAGUACCCACUUCAACACAAUCAGACACUCCAAGAGGCAGUAAACAUGAAAAGAUUGCAGAGAAGCUUGAAAGAAUUGAUACUCCAGGAUCUAGUAAAGGUCUCAAAAUUCUUAGCAACAUCAAAGUGGAAGUACCUGUGCAACAUCACAAAAAUAUGCUCAAUACAAUUUUGGAUCUCACUGGGCCUAAUGACUCUGAUUACCAGGAAAGACCCCUAUCACCAGAGAAGAUACUGCCUGAUCUGGAUGAUAACCAUCACAGCAUAUCAAAUGACAGCAUCCAACUGUCCACUCCUAACUCUAGUGCCGACAGCCUAGUUUCACACUCAUUCUCUGUGAUUAAGAAUGUAGGAAAUCCACCAUCAUAUAAAGAAGCUACAAAGUCUGGUGAUAGCAAGAUUGACAGUGAGUUCUCAGAUAGUUGUCCAGUACCUGAUCUAAUAUGUAAUGAGAAACCUUCAAUUUCACCAUGUAGUGAACUGUCAGAGCAUGGAGAGAAUUCAAGGGAUAAUAUUUCAAUAUCUCCCAAGCCAGAAUCAAAGCAUGGUCCGCACAGUAGUAGCCACCCAAUUCCAAUCAAUAAUAAAGAACAUGAAACUAAAUUUGAACAGAAACCUAGAGCGAAGGUGUACAACAACCCUUUGAGGCUGAACAACAUUUACGUAAAGAAGAAUAAGAAGGUUUUGCAGAUAAAGAAUGCAAAGACAGCUACUACUAGCAGUGCAUCUAAAUGUGUCACUAGUGAUCCUGCACCUUCGUCAUCACUUUCUAAGGCACCUGAGAACUUUACCAUGAACAAAUUACAUCAGGAGAAUAGAGAAAAGACUUUGCAGACUGUGUCAAUUGAGAAGAUUAAAGACAGUGAUGACCAGAAUGAAUUUGACGCUGAUACUGAGGAGCAAUCAAUGGACAUUGAGCCUGUGGCUCCUUCUACUUUGACAGCUAGCCAGUUCGCGACCAGCGUCGAUAUCGUGCAAGUCAAGGAGGAGAUUAAUACAAGUAAUGAGAGCGCGUUUAGUAACGAAGCGGGUUCUUCUGAUCGCCACCUCACGCCAUUAGAAACUCUCCGCCCGAUCAAUGUUAUUACGUACGGGAAUAUGCCUCCAGGAGAUUUCGAUGAUGAGUCAAAUCACAGAGAACUUCUCGACUUAGAGGCAGCGUCGAAGAAUAAGCAGUUUGUAAAUAUGAUGAAUGAGAAUUACUUUGGGGAUAAUAUUUAUGCGGAUUACUUUACGCCGGAUAGGGUGGAGUCGUUCGAUGACAGGGAGCCGCCGCACCAUACGACGGAGAAGGAAGGGAUGUAUAUUUGGGGAGAGCCUUCUCAGAAGGGGAAUGCGGGCGAGUUUGUUCUGCCGAAUUUUAUUCAUGAGAGCUAUAAGAUAGCGGAGAGUAACUAUUCGGAGAUGGAGGGGAAUGAUGGGUGCGAGAGGGACAGCAAGGCGGACGUGCUGAGUGAGGGAAGGAGCGAGGGCGAGCCUCCGUUGAACAUCUGCGCGGACGAGAGGAUGCCGCCGCGCGGGGAGCUCAGCGGGCAGGAGAGCAAUGGGGAUAUGGAAUCGCCUUGGAAUGGGAUGUACCCGGACGUGCCGCCAGCGGAGCCCUACGACCUGAUGGCGCGCGAGAGCUGGGUCUCGGAUGGCUCCGACGUCGACGCCAGCGAAAAGAGGGAGACCCUGGACGAGGAAAUGCAAUUCUCAAAAGGCAGAGACGAAGACUUACAAUACCCGAAGAGUUCAGAAGCGAUGCCUUACCCGAAACGGGAUGAUGACAUCCAGUUCCCGAAGGCCCGUUUACAUACAUGCACGCAAUGUGGGGCUAAGUACCCUACUUUGAAGGAGCUUCGGGGUCAUAAGGCAUUGAUGCACGCUCUGCCUACGAGUUCCGGUACCAAGACCAGCUACAGUCGCAUGGUGACUGCCCGGACUAUCAAGAAAGAAGAGAAAACUGAUGAUAACAUCCUGGGAGUUGCAGGCAACCUGAUGAUGGACAACAAGGAGGCGCUGGCGUCGACGAUGCUGACGGUGUACGAGGCCAUGGCUGAGGCCAAGCCCAGGAUUGAGACCCUCAUCAAGCAGGAGACCAAGCGGAGGAGGAAGGACUACGUUUGUCCUACUUGCAAGGUGGACCAGGUGACGGAGGCGGCGUUCCACAUGCACCUGAAGCUGCACCCGCUGGAGUGCCUCACCUGCGGCAAGUGCUUCUAUCGCCGCGCCAACCUCGCGCUCCACGUCAAGACGCACUUCGGCAUCAAGAACUACAGGUGCGAGAUUUGCGAGAAGCGGUUCGUGACGCGACAGAAGCUCCGCGAGCACCAGAACACGCACUCGGGCCGCGCGCCCGUCAAGUGCACGCACUGCGAGCAGACCUUCCGCCGGUACUCCAACAUGGUGCAGCACAGGGACAGACAUCACUACCUCAAGAAGCUGAAAGUCCGCGAUUUCGUGUGCCACUGCGGCGCCGUGUUCCACUCGAAGGCCAAGCUGCUCUGGCACAAGGAGACACACGACGAGAAGCCCAAGUCCUGCCAGUACUGCAGCGAGAAGUUCGUGCAUUCGUCCUCCCUCACCAGACACGUCAGGCGGACGCACAACGAAUACUACGUCCCAGACAAGAAUAAGGGCAAAGUGGAAAAUGUUACGUGUCCCGUUUGUAAACAGGUGUACCUCCGUACGAACCUGCGCGCGCACCUGCUGACCCACAGCGGCAAGCGUCCCUACGUGUGCAUCAUCUGCAACAAGUCCUUCACCACCAAGUGGAACCUCAAGCUGCACCGCUGGACCCACAUGAGCCGCUCCGCCAAGCCGUUCAAGUGCUCCCUCUGCAAGGGCGCGUUCAUCCGCCACACCGAGUACAUCUCCCACAUGAACUCGCACAAGUCUGUCCGCCCCUACACUUGCAACUACUGCGGCUGCCAGUUUAUAAGGAAAUACAACUGCCAAAGGCACGUCAGAGAACACGAGAUGGAGAAGAAGUACGUUUGCAAGGUGCCAGAGUGCGGUAAGUCGUUCCAUAGGAGUUACUAUCUGUCCGAGCACAUGAAGGUGCACAGCGGGGCGCGGCCGUUUUCGUGUUCCAUUUGUGGGAAGACUUCGAGUAAUAAGCCGAAUCAUAAUAAACAUUUGAAGAUCCACCACGCCCGCGAGCCUAUCGCCACGGAGGCGUAAGCGGCCACCACUGCUAAGCGGUUCUGUGUCGUGAGUACUUGCUCACAUUACACUUGAUUUGACGGUAGGGAUCGAUUUCAAAAAAAGAUUCCGUUUAUUCCUUUUUUAAUCAUUUUUUUACUUUUUAAACAAUGAUGUUCCGAAUUCGACCUAGUAAUUAAUCGAGUUUGGAUUUGGAACUAAAUUCAGCCAGUAUUUUUAUUAGAAGUUGUUUUUUGUUUCGUUUUACUAUUGGAUUCUGUGCAAAUUUGCCAAUAACAAGUAUUUUUACAAUUUUGAAUUUGGAAUUUAUGUUCAUGACUUUUCAUUCUUGCCGCGAGCUAUUGUUUUUUGAUAGUUCUUUUUCAUCAUUAACUUACUCGUACAGUUAUGAGCAAUGUCAUGUACCCACUUUAGAACCAUGUCGCACUAACAUAUUUGUCACUUAGUAAGACUUACAGUUCCAUUUGUCAAAGAAGUUAAUGUGACAUGGUACCAAAGUUUAAACAUGAAUUCUCGUGACCGUACUUCCUGUGGUGGUUUAUGCGAAGAUGUACUUAGACUUGCAACAAUUACUCACGACACUACACUUAUAAUGUUGGGAGCAGCGCCCUCUAUCGUGUAAAUAAUUAGUUAAAUUGUGAAUCGACGUGUAAAUACGGACCAAGUGUGUACAUUGGAUAGGUAAAGCAUUUUACAGUUAAUAACAAAUUCUGUGCUAUCAUUCGACACCUUUUGUUAUUGAGACAAACACAUAGACAGACAAAUAUGACAUCAUAGUAAUAAAACAUAACCAAUGAUCGGACAUUCAGGCGCUAAACCUAGCUCAUUGUUCUUUAUUCUAUGACUGUACCUAGAUUUGCACCUACUUUGUAUUAAGACGGGUCGUUUUAUGUGGUAACCUGGUUAGGUUACCCUAUCGCCCGUGUAUGGCUGAACGUAUACUGUUUCAUUUUCUUAUAAAAAAAAUAAAUCAUAAAAAACAGCCAUAACCAUCUAUAGAACUGUCCUCGCCCCGUUUGUUCAGGGUCCGCUAACCUUUUUUGUAACGAAGGGGAAAUCCUCAUGGAUACCUCGCCACCCGGGGGAGCGACGAGGUUAUGUCGGACUCCUACCGACUAAAACCCCUCCGACGGCCCUCUGCUGUGCAUGUCGGAAAGCUCCGGGUUCUCUGUCGAACACACCGGUGCUCCCCUCGCACUGGCUUUCAUUAAAGCGCGUCCCGGGGUAGAUCCCCACCCCUACGCCAUCCCAGUUUUACGGCGAUGCGAGGCCAUGUCGCAUUGCCGUCCCUCCCGGAGAUCGUGUGUUGAGUGGUUCGGGCCCCCGCCCUUACCACUCACGAUCCCCAGUGUCCCCUUUCAGUCGCCUCUUACGACAGGCAGGGAGUAUCGUAGCCCUAUUCUUACGCCCGGAACUACAGGGCGGAGGGUCCGCUAACCUAAUCUAACCUAACCUGUACAUUUGAUAGGUCCGGUUUUUUAUAUAAGCGACUGCCUGGCUGGCGUUCUGACCCGAAGGGAAAACAACCCAAUUGCAGAUUAGGUCACGUACUUCCGAAAUCAAUUUUCCUUACGAUGUUUUCACAGUUGAGCACAUGAUGAUCAUUGGUUUAAUUACAAAAACCACAAAGUCAUAAAUAUCUUUAUGUAGCAGGUAACAUGGUUACACUUUGAACAGUUACAAUUUAAAUAUCAUUCCAAUAAAAUUUCUGACAAGCGGUGUCGGGUGAUAGCAAGUGUAACAUAUAAAUAACAUUAGUCAAAUUAAUAGACUUACGUUUGAGUGUCUAGUACACAUGACAUGAAAUAAAUUUAAAGGAUUUUGACUGUUUUUGGUCCUUGAUAGCAGCUGCAUGAUAGGCGCUAGUCGCGCGCGAUAAGUAUACCCAUCAGAACUGGCGGCACGCCCCGCGCGACACGACAUAUACCUAUAACUGUACUCGAUUAAUAUAGGCAGUAUGUUAGGGCAGUUGUACAGUCAUGAGUAAUAUAAUGUACCCACUUUAGGACUCUGUCGCACUAAUAUUUAUUUGACAUUUAGUGAGACUUACAGUUCAAUUUGUCAAAAGAGUUAAAUGUGACAUGGUACCAAAGUGUAUACAUAUUAAUGCUCGUGACCGUACUAUGCUUUUUGCAGUGCCCUGGUCGAGUUCAUAGUAUGUUCCCUGUGUAUUCACUAUUCUUCAAACUAGAGUGAAUAGGCGCAUAAGUAAGCGUGUAACACUGUAAGCUGCUUCUUCACUUACAGUCAGGUGAGACUGUGGUCAAACGCAUAGUGAUAAUAAAAGUCUUCUAUGUGGGUAAAUUGUACAGUUCAUUGCCAGUGGCGGCCCUAGCAAAAUAUUUAGGCGGUGUCCUCAAAGUGGCACCCCUCAGCCCCAAACAUAAAAAAUACAAAAAAAAAAAAACAACAAAAUACAUACAAAAUUUUUCGAUUACUUUACGGCCAACGAAAAUUACCCAUUUAUUUUUUUUAAAUGUUUACGGCCACCCCGUAUGAGAUUUCAAAAAAAAAAAAAACAAAAUUAAAAUUUAUUUAUUUAUUUAUAAAAAAGGUACACCAACAAAAAAAAAUAAAAAUUAAAUUAAAUUAAAAUUAUAUAAAUUAUAAAAUAAAAUACAAUUAAAUAACCUCACCUCCGUAUGUGUAGCUGCACCCAAUGACGCAGCAUCGGUGGGUUACGUAGAUAGCGGGCGUUAGGAAAGUGUUCACUUUUCUUGUCGCGCACGACUCGCGCCUGUCAUGCUAAGCAGAAGCACGAGUGGAAUCCUUUAAAAUUGUUUCAACAUUUAAGAAAUGGGAAUUUCGGUGUGGGUACCCCGCUAUGCAAUACUUUUUUUGCUACUUAUUUUAUUUGUGACACUGUUUCUGUCAUUGUUGCUUAGAAGGAUUGGAAAAAUAUUUAAUAUAACUGUCACUUCUAGCGAAGGGAUCUUACAUGUCAAUGUUUUAUCAGCGAGAUUCUAUACAAUGUUUAAAUGUUUCCUAGAAAUUUCUUGUAAAACACACAAAAUGCUUCUUUUAAGUGACUAUGACAAAAAGGUGCAUUAAACUUUAGCUCAUUAAAAAGUUCUUACUCGUGUAUGAACAGUUAUGUAAAUAGUCUUAUAUUUAGAUUUAAUUUUAUUUAUUUUUAAUUCUUAUUGUUAUGACUUGACAAUUAAACUGCAGUUUUUAAAUGGAAAUAUUGGGCUCAUUAUCAUUAUUAAAACCAUGGUAUAAGAAAACCAGGUGUGCUCAAAAGUGACAGCUAAAAUUUCAAGGUUAGCCCAGCUGAUGUCAUCCCACCCUGUGUUGCCAUUUCGUAAAAAAAAUAUUUACUUUGCAAGGAAAUUUUGAACUUUUAGUAAAAGAUUUAUUUACAGUUUUAAUUAUUUUUAUAUAUGUGACUAGUAAUUAAAUACAUUAGUCAGUAAUUCACUUAAUUUUCUAUAACAAAAUUUACGUCCUUGGAAUGUUGGAGAUACCAAUUUAAUGGUAACACAGUGGUAACACUUACGUCAUCAAAGGGCUAGCAAAGGCGACUUGUCAUAGGAUUGAGCAUACCUGGUUUUCUUAUGCCAUGCAUUAAAAUUACAUAAAUAAUUAACGUAAUAUUAGAAUGGUUCUAAAAAGUAAUCGGUAUUUAUGCUUAAUUCGUAAACUGGACGUUGGUGUACGUUCGUGUCAGGGUUGGUGAGGUCGGUCGUUGACCUCACAACACCAAUAAAUAAGAAUGUACAUUUGAUACUUAUUGCCGUCUGUAGGGCUCUAAUAUUUCCAGAACUAACUAAAUACAAUAGAUGUUUCUUCAUUCUAUACACAUGCCUACUCGUCCCACAAUGUGUUCAAUUAAAAAAAACUUAAUUUUCUAGUUAGACGAUUUCAACAUGUCUUUAUGUAUGUAUGGGGAUGGGUUUUGGGUCCUGAGUGACAGUGAUGGCAAUAGUCUGGGAAGGUAAUGUCACUACCGUGUAAAACAUAACAUAAUGAAUGACAUCUUUUGUCUCUUUCGUACUAAGCCGUACACGCUUAAGAGUCAUAUUUUUCGUCUCUUUCUCUUAAUCCAACCGAAAAAGAAUCCUUGGGUCACAUCUCAUACGUAAGUGCGAACGAGACACAGUCCGCGCAUGCUCUCCCUUACUCCAAGCUUACGGCUAUUUCGGCUAAAGUGAGACCCAGAAGGGGUGAGGUCUGCGCCCGGUACGAAUUGGGGCGGGGCGGAAAGUUACCAUUCUAUACGUAGUAUUAUUCUUUAUUCGUGAUGAUGACCGCUCAAGAUUCAUUCCCCUACUAAAUUCCAAAACUAAUUAGUAAUAAAAAGCACAAUUUUCUUAUUAUUCAUCAAAUACGUGGCAUUAUACGAGUAGGUUGCGUGUUCAUUAAGUAAAUAUUACCCAAGUCAAAUUGUGUACUGUGUAAGUUUUUGUUUGUUAUAUAAUUAUCUAUAACUAAGCAAUGUGCAAUGAAGCAAUAUGGUAUAUUGUAGCUCGUCAGUUUUAAAAAGAACAAUCACUGGCUUUUUUUUAAUGCCAAACAAAAAUUGGCAACUUUAUAGUAUCCUGACUAAGAUCAGGGCGGUUAGAAAGGCCACAUCGAAGCAAUUCAUCAAAAAAAAGCAAUAUUGCAAUUUGACAUUUGCGCAUAUAAAAUGUGCGCAAUGAAAACAAAUGUCAAACAGCAUUAUUGCUUUUUCUGGAUGAAUUGUUUAGAUGUGGCCAUUUUAACUCCCCCAGAACGUGCAUAAUCCAUACAAAAAUCUCAUUCUUACAGUGCGCCGCGCGCUACCCAUCACUCCUUAGGGCUAUAUGAGACCCAGCCGGGCUAAGUUCGGCCCCCGAUCGAUCAUCAACUCCCUAGAGUUAUCCCGUUUUUCACAGGGUCCGCUUACCUAACCUGAAAAUUUGACAGGACCGGUUUUUUACAGAAACGACUGCCUGUCUAACCUUCCAAUCCGCGAAGGGAAAACCAGCCCAAUACAGGUUAGGUCACAUACCUCCGAAAAUACAUUUCUCGGGAAUGUGGUUCCCUCACGAUGUUUUCCUUCAAGUCGGCGCCGGAACAACAUAAGUCAUUAAAGUUAUCAUUUUUUUUAUUUCCGAGGACGGUUGUCUUUAAAUACCAUUAUGACUUUACAUGAUCGAUAUUUUAGCCAAUGAAUGUUCGUUUUAAAAGGAAAUUCCACUUUUUAUUGUUGACUUUGGGCACAGGCACAUGUUUCAUAAUUAGGUAUUUGACCGGGUCAAAGAUAAAUUAUAAAAUACUAAUCUAGAAAUAGAAGCCAGUCUAAGAUGGUCAAAGAUCAGUCUCAUUUUAUUUUUCGACUUAUUUUCGAAUAUUAUUUAGGACUUAAAUAAUGAGUACGACGUUUAUUGAUGACGUCAAAGGAUAGUAUUUCCAUACAAACUCCAUAGAAAAUUAUCGUUUUGUCGCUUUCUUUUUAUCGAAUUAUAGUAUACAUUAUACCCUAUUUAACAUAACAUGAUUAGAGUGACGAUCUCUCGACUCUUUCUAUCCGGCUAAGUAGUAAAUGUUAUUUGCGGCAAAUCUACAAUAAAUCACGUCAAACGUCUUCUAUCGUGUGGGUUGUGAGGUGGAUUACCAACCUCAUCAAUCCUUGUGUCAGGUUUAUUACUGAGCCACCAAAGGCCCCUGACAUGGCUCAUGUAACGACUACAUACUUAAAUCAGUAAGAAGUAACCGGGAUCAAAAGCACAUCGCAAAAGUCUCUUUCGUUUUGAGCUGCCUUUAGCGAGUUGGAAAGCGACAUAUCUCUUUCGCACCAGACGAUGUACUAUAUUUCUGUCCUGCUUUCUCUCUAAUCAUGCUACGUGAAAUAGAGUGUAGAAAUAAGACUAUUGACCGCUAAUACAUAAUGAGAGCCUUUUGCUAUCUCCAUUUGCCCACCAAGUAGUGACUGUCGGAGGCCUACAAGAAGUCUUGUCAAUAACAUAACCCUUUAUUUGCUGUCGGGUGUUUAAAGGCCAUAGAUUGUGUCCUUCUUAUAUACAGGGAUAUUUUGAGUUUUCAAGCGUAAAUAUAAUCUCAGGGCGGUUUCGCACUAUUCUGAUUGUUAUCAGAUCUGACUCCGUGAAAUGACGGAUUCGAAGUGGUCAGAGAACUAUUCAUAUGGUAGCUUAAAUACAUUCGAUUCGAUAUUCGUCAUCUGAUAUCCGCCAUCCGAUAUACAAAAUCCGGAACCCAUCAUCUGACUUCUCUAAUUUUUUCUCCAUAUCCGUUAUUACCGAACUCGCACCGGAUAACUCCCAUAGGACGUACGCUUUUUACACAAUUAUGAAAUUAACCUGGUUAAAAUUCUAGGUGCCUUUGCCCAUUUGAAACAAAUCAACAAAGUCAAUGUAAGACCAAGAAUAACCUAAUAGCUAUAUUUGUUCAGUGUCAAUGUAAAACAUUAAUGUAAUAUUAUACCUAUUGAAAUACGCUGAGUAACAUUAAAUGCACACUAACACCCGUAUUCUAAGAUCCUAACUCGAACUUUCCUCGACCCGUCCUCAGUUGACGCAACCUUAAGGAAGACAUCGAACUCAGUUCAAAAUCGGUAUUCUGAAAUGGCGCCUCAAUCUUACUUCCAGUUUAUUCCAGGCAUGACGUCAUUAAUUUCGUAUUAUUUAGAUUGAAGUCAUCAUCUUCCUAGUAUCUCAUCCAGUUUUUCACAGGGCCCGCUUACCUCACCUGAAGAUUAGACAGGUCCGGUUUUUACAGAAGCGACACUGCAUGGCAGACCUUCCAACCUGCGAAAGGAAAACCAGCCAAAUACAGGGGGGUUAAAAUGGCCACAUCAAAGUAAUUCAUCUAAGAUAGCAAUAUUGCUAUUUGACAUUUGUUUGCAUCGCGCACUUAAUUUUAUAUGCACAAAUGUCAAAUUGCAAUAUUGGUUUGUUAGAUGAAUUGCUUUGAAGUGGCCUUUUUAACCCCCCAGGUUAGGUUACAUGUUAUUUGAUUAAAUGACAACUUAAAUUACUAAACCACCACACACACCACUGCCUUAUUUUUCCCUAAAAAAGUAGAAUGGAAAAUGCUGCACCGACAAGAGCGUGGCUCUUAAAUUGAUGAUGAUGAAAUUACUAAAAUGCUUAGCUGAGGCUGAGUCGAGUGGAAGUAGUUUCGAGUAACUUAGAAUACGAGUGUCUGAGGCGGUUCUGGAGGCGUUCCGGCGAUUAAAUUUUAUGUAAUGCCUGAAGAUACAAAAACCUUAUUCUUACCGUGUGCCGGUGCAUGCGAGCGAGACAGGUGCUUCCUUGCUCCUUAACGGGUUACGUCUUAAAUAGAAUAAAGUGAGGAGAUGAGGUUAAUCAAGUUUGCUCCGAACUCGUAUUGAUACGGGGCAGAGUGUCCCUUCUAUUUCAUCAUCAUCAUCUACCUAGCGUUAUCUCGUUUCCACAGGGUCCGCUUACCUAACCUAAAAAGAUUACAGGCCCGGUUUUUUACAGAAGCGACUGCCUGUCUGACCUUCCAACCUGCGACGGAAAACCAGCCCAAUACAGGUUAGGUCAUUUAACUCCAAAACACACUUCUCAGUAAUGUGGGUGUCCCAUCUAUCUAUUUACGUUCUAUAGAUUCUAAUCUAAUAGAUUUUAUACAAAAAAAUAUUCCCGAGUCGAAACCGAAACGCUACCGGCACCGUCUUGUAUCUGUUGAGCUUGAAUGAUAUGAAACUAUAUGCUAUCAAUAGCCCUGAUUCCCGCCGACGCCUCCUAAUUUUGCUUUAACUUAUACCUAUAAUUUUCUUAUCCGCCGAUUAAUGAAUGUAUAAAUGAAUAACUGGAGCGAAUUAUAUUGACAUUUCGGUGAUAUGGAACCCAUUUGACGUGGGCUAUCAACUUAAUUCUCUAGGGUUAUUGUGCAAUGUGAAAUGAGAGAGUUGUUUUCUGCCUAAAAUUGACGUGUUUCAGAAAUUUUAUGCCUAUGGAUUACCUGUCCCUUUCCCUUUCGGCGGAUAAGAAAAUGACAGGUAAAAUAAUUUAAAAUAGAAGUAGACGGGGUCUACUAGAAACUGCGCCAUUAUGAAACUGUAUAACGAGUUUCUAUACAUUAUAUUUUUUUUAUAAUAUACGUAGGUUAAAUUUGACAGACAGACGUUUUUAUAAGGCAUCAUAAUAGUGUAUAACAUACUACUUAGUUGAAUAGAAACCUUCCAUUUAAACGCCUUGUGAUAUAUAAGCUUACGCGUCGUAAAAUUUAAGCAAUAACUUGUACAAAUAUUAUUGUCAUGUAUAUGAUUAUGUCAUUAGUCAUGUCAUGUAUAAUGAGAUAUGUCAUUUUGAAUUUAGCCUAUAUUAACCCACUGUUGGGCAUAUGUAAUGCAGCCGGGCUAACAUGCGCAAAGUAAUAACAAUAUUUUGUCACGGUCAUUUUAUAUUUUGACAAUGUAAUGUCGUAUUGUCGACUGGUGCUAACAUGGCAAACCAAAAAAUCAUGUCGUUCUGUCAAAAUACCGCAACGUGAUAUAUUGUCGAUGAACGCUAACAUUCCACCAUAUUUUUAUCAGAUUGUGGAGUUUUGACACAUCUACGUCAUAUGUCCAUACUGUCACUUUUUAUCUUUAAUCGUUGUAAUUUUAUCACGUUGCGCAUGUCAGAAGGGCAGUUGACAGCGGUAAUUAGCAUGAAGUCAGAAAAAAGAUUUCGUUAUAAUUGUUGCCAGUAAUAAUAAUAGAAUCGAUGUUAGCGAUUUGAAAGAGGAUGAAUCUCAGACAAAAGUCAAAAGAAAUUGUAAAACGCUGUAAAAAUGCUAUAUUAAUUUUGUAAUUUAAAUGGCAAAUAAUUUUCCUGUCACGUUUGACUGGGAUGACUCAGAUUUGACUCAGAUAGCGCUCUAUGCCGAUAUUCGCGCCCACUUGGGCAGCCUCAAGCCUGUUUAUUAAUUUGUCCGGUGAAGUAGCGAAUACCAUCUGAGGCAAAGUAUAAAAAGUCAUUCUUACAAAAAACAAUCGGGCAGGAUUUCAUGUUUUAACCCUUUCACGGACGCAAUGUUUAGGUGAUGUCUCAAUCCGAUGUCAUAUCGAGAAAGUGUUAAAUGGUAAGCUUGGGGUGGUAAACAGCACGAAAUGUCUUUAAAAACUAGAAUAUGUUUAGCGCCUUUUUCACCGAGAGAUUUCGUAUAAAUUACCGACAUACGAAAGUAUAAUUAAAGGUCCCUGGCCAUGCAUAUUCGUAGACAGAGCAGGGGGCUUAUAAAGGCCACAUCGAAGCAAUUCAUCUAAAAAGCAAUAUGGCAAUUUUCAUUUGCGCAUAUAAAAGUAAGUGCGCAAUGCUAACAACUGUCAAAUAGCAAUCUAGAUACGCGGUCGCGUGUCAAGCCAAGUUCAAGAAACAGAACUGGCGAGCCGCACCGUGUGUAACCAUUUGGGGCCACUUUUGACCCCCUCAUAAAUCAAAAACUAUUUCACAUAAUAUUGCUUUUUUAGAUAAAUUGCUUUGACGUGGCAUUUUUAACCCCCCAGAACGCUUCCAUUUGCCUUUACAUUGACGGAAGAGGCAAACAUUGAAGGUUAGCCAUACAUUGGACGCCUACCAUUAACUGUCAUUGCGAUCCAUUUAAUGAUACCAGCGCGAAGUGUCAACAAGAACAAGCGAAAAGGUUACACGAAGCUUUUUGCUAUCUCUUUUGAGCAGGGUUGAUCAAACGCCUGCUUAGCUUUCAUUAGUUGAUGGUUGCUUGGUUGAUGUCAGUUUUGGUGAGAUAAACAUUUUUUUGAGCCAUGUUAGGGCGGCUCAAUAAUAACCCUGACACCAGGGUUGAUGGGGUUGAUACUCCACCUCACAACCUACACGAUAGAAGAACAUUUUUUUAUUUUAUUUUAGCAGAUAUAAAACAGCCAUCCUUUGUCCUCGCUUAAAAAAAAUAAGAUGACAUAAUUACGUUACUGACAAUACUCGCAACAUUUUUCGCAGAGUGACCAAACAGAAGACAUACAAGAAAUUAAGAAUAUUGAAAUUUUCAACUGUCAAAUGAACCCAAACUUAAUUUCCCUCAGCCAGAACUGACUCUACCAUGUCACCUUCCUUUACCGCCUCAGUACGUACUGUACCUGAAAUUAAAAUAAAAGCAAUAAUAUUUAGUUAGGUAUGACUUGCAACAUUUGUCUGUCAAAUUGAUCUAAUUAUUGUCUUCGUCGUACUAUCAAAACUUACAAAUUAUGCAUAUUUUUGUAACAAAUUAGUAUAUGGGUGUUUAUGGAUAUGUUAUUUACAAAUAUUCUUGGUCGCUUAUUAUAUGAUUUUUUGUUGGAAAUAUGAAAUGAAUCACACCAGCUGUGUUCAUAAAAUUCUUAUUUUAGUGCACGAGUCAGUUGGUUUUACGCGAUUUUUGACGAUAUUUUUGUUGUCUGUAUUUUCCGAUCUGUCACUGCGCAUUUAGCGGUUAAACCUGCGUCGGCCAGUAACAAAUUAGUAUUUAAAAAAAUCAUACAAUUUACGUCAAAUGGAAAAUAUUUAAAGUUGAUUGAUUAAAAUACCACCUGACUCGCGCACUAUUUUUUUCUUUGUAUUUUUUACACAUAAAACAAUGAUCUCGUUAUUUUUUUAACACAAGAAAACAUUUUCAGUUUAUUAUUAUUAAUAUACAUUUAAGUAGCUAUAACGUAACCCUAUGGUUAUUAGAAGAAUUGGUUAUUUAUUCUACCUUAAGUUUUCGUAGUUUAAAGAUAAAUGUUUUCUUGUAUUACAUGAGCAAAUUGCUGAAAUACGGCGUGACUUUUUCACAUGUCAUUUUCGGUUUUGGAUUCUGGCUUUUUGGGUCAGGUUAUUUUUAUAGUUUUUUCAAAUGUUGCCAUCUACCUUAAGAUAGACAUAUUCAGGUAACUUAAGCUUGUGUAAUACAGGAAGGCAGUACUUGUAAAUAUGAAAUCGAAUAGUUUUAUUUUGUAACUCGUGGGUCUUACAGUUCAGCGGGGUCACUGGACUGAACCGUUUGUGUCUGCAAUAAAUUACUUUAAGAAGUUA